UCAGGAAUGCGAGGCGUCAACAACUAUAAGCUUUCGACAGCGAUCAGCUGGUGCACUUGGCGGCUGGCAGCGUUGUGUCCCCUGGCUAUCUGUCACUUCGGCUCCAGUUGCAAAAGUGUCAAACCGUCAGUAUGGCCACAGCGCAGUCCAUGUUACUCCUGGCAGUGCAUAUUCUGCUGGUUUCAGAAUUCAUUUGGGCCAAAAAGGACUACUACGACAUUCUGGGGGUGCCCAAAGAUGCCACUGAGCGCCAGAUCAAGAAAGCUUUUCAUAAGCUGGCGCUGAAAUACCAUCCGGACAGGAACAAGGGCCCAGACGCAGAAGCAAAGUUCAGAGAAAUAGCAGAAGCUUAUGAAACGCUGUCAGAUGACAAGAGAAGGCGAGAGUAUGACCAGUUUGGCCCAUCAGGGCAGGAGUUCAGAGGAGGAGCUGGUGGAGGCCAUAGUGACUAUAACUUUAAACAGCACUUCCAGUCAUUUAACUUUAACUUUGACGAUCUGUUCAAAGACUCAGACCCAUUUGGUCACCAACAUUUUCACCACAACUUGCACUCCAACUCUCAAGCUCACCAAAGGAGGCACUUUAACAGCCACUUCCAGGCGCACCAGGAGGCUAUGAAGAGGCAAAGGAGGUCAUUUGGAGGAGGACUGUUUGACGAUGUGUUCGAGGACUUGGAGAAGAUGUUCUCUUUUAAUUCACACACCACUAGAACUGAGAGUCGCUUCCAGGGCUCGGCCAAACAGCACUGCCGGACAGUAACACAGCGGAGGGGCAACAUGGUGACCACCUUCACUGAUUGCUCCUGAGUUUAUGAAACCCAAGCAACAGUGUCCUCUGGAGGGCACUCAGGGUUCUGCAGGGGUCAAUCGCGCUUAGGAAAUUUUGAGUGCUAAUUUAUCAUGUGGUAGAUUUGAGAGGAAAAUAUUUUGAAUGUAGUUUGUAAUUUGUUAAUGCCUUCAAGAACAAAAUUUGUUUUAGUAGGCUCAACUAAAGCAAUAUCGUGUCGGACAUUAUAAAACACAGCAAUAAUUCAUUGAGUUCAAAACAUACCUCAUUUGCUUAACUUUUCAUGUUUAUUUUAUAGCAUGUAGUUGGAUGGCAUUGUAUUUGUCUCAGCAAAGGCCCAUGCUUAAAGGUGCACUAUAUAACUUGGGGCCUGUCACUUGCUUGUUUCUAUGGAUGUGUCACUGUUCUGUGUGUAAUGUUCCGCAGUAUGACAUUAAAUACUGCUACCUUACAUUUUCUGAUUGAGCAGGAUUCCCUCUCCACAGAUCUGACCUGUAACUUGGUCUGGUUUAGUCUCCAUGAUGGUAGAAAAGUUUAAUAUCAUACUGUGAAACAUUCCAGACAAAGAAAUAACAUACAUGGAUAAAACAUUUGACGGACCCUCCACCAGAAAAGUUACACAAUGCACCUUUAAGUUAUUACAGCUGAGGCAAUAUGGAUUUUUAUUUAUUCAUACAGUUUAAUUAUUCCCCAGAUGUUUUUUUCUUGCCCAUGCAUAGCUGAUCCCUUGCUAAAGGAAAAAAAAAAACAACAACUUAAAAUGUAAAUGCUAUGAAAGCCCAUUUAAAGCACUUACAUAUUUAAUUUAGCUGUGAAAAUGGCUUGACCAUUACUGUUACCUCGUCAGUUAGGGGACUACCAUCAAUAACAUGUAGCCUAGACAUUGCUUUUGUAAACCUUGGUGGUUGGAGAAAUAAUGACUCAUUUUCAUUCAGUGCAAUAUUAAGCACCUUUGCUCUUCAUGUUGCCUAUUAUGGCGUUGGUCUGAGACGUCAUUGUACGAUCUGCACUUUGUUCAUGUUUGUGUGAAUGUGGGAGUUGUGAAUGUGGACAAUAAUAUUAAUAAAAUAUACUAUCAUUGUAA